GACAAUGCCUGCCUCUUCUUCCUGUGCUGCACCGCCCCCCGCAGGCUCAGGCCGGCACUGCUACAAUCAGCCAUAUCAGGCAGGAGGACGGAGCAGGCAGUCUGCCCGCACACGGGAGGCUCUUGUCGGAGGUGAUACCGCCCUCCUGCUGCCAAAAAAAAAAAAAAAAACAACAGAAAAAAAAAACGCCGCUUCCGUCUGGAAACAGGAGCCGGUGUCCGGGUCGGGAUGUAUCGAUCUGUUUGCUUGUAGUGCUUCUCCGGCUGGAUCCUCCAUGCGUCAGCCCCGGGAAUGGAUCAGGAAUCCGGUGUGGCGUCUGCAGGGAGUUUCAUCUCCCUGAAUGAACAUGAGCAGAGGUAUUACUCAGGUCUCCACAGCCUGUGCCAAGCUGACACAUCAGGAAAACUGUCGUCCGCCAAAGUGGCAGAGCUGUUCAAGGCGUCUCAGCUACCUCCUGAAUCCCUGCAUAAAGUGACCGAGGUGUGUGGAGCAAAGCGUCUGGGCUUCUUCGGUACACCUCAGUUCUACGUGGCCCUGAAGCUGCUCGCGGCCGCCCAGUCUGGUCUGCCCAUCCACCUGGAGAGCGUAACAGCCAAUCUACCUCUGCCCAGAUUUGUUGGGCUGAAGAAUGAACCAGAGAUGCGAUACUCGUCCGUCCUUUCAAGCAUCGACGGUCAGGGAGUUGCACCUGGUUCCUGGACUCCAGCAGACAGGAGCGCCUUCAGACAUCCAGAGGCCAACAUAGAGAAGAAGGAGCCGUGGUCGCCACCGCGAUCGCCGUGCAGUUCACCGCCUCGCUCUCCGCUGACCUACCGCGGCUACCCGUACACCAGAAAUGGGGCUGACUCACAGAUCUCCUAUGAUUGCAAACAUUCCUCGCGGCCGAUCGUUCAGUUAGAGCCGCACUCCUCGCCCGGCAACUACGGGACCAAACCCACUGUGGAGCUUCCUGCCAUGGCUCGGGCUUCCUCAUCAGAGAGGCUGGACCAGCAGCAGGGUAUGGUGGACUACUCUGAUGAUGACCCCUGGAGGAUCACAGAGGAACAGCUGGAGUAUUACACCAACCAGUUCAAGACCCUGCAGCCUGACCUGGGGGCUCUCAUCCUGGGAGCCAUUGCAAAGAACUUCUUCACGAAAUCCAAGCUGCCAAUACCAGAACUUUCCCACAUUUGGGAGUUGAGUGAUGUGGAUAGAGAUGGAGCUCUCACUUUCUCUGAGUUCUGCACAGCCUUUCACUUGAUCGUGGCCCGCAAGAACGGUUACCCUCUUCCCGAGAGCCUUCCUCUGAGCCUGCGGCCUGGCUUCAUGCAGCAGGAAGAGGACAUACCGGAUACUCCUGAAAGUGCAGAGCCUCUUAUUGUCUUUGAGGAAGCUGAACUGAGGCCUGGUCAGAUGGAUCGGAGCAUUAUAGAGAGGCUCCAGCCGGGUCUGCCCACAGCAAAGCAAGAUUUAAAAGAGCAAUCAUGCAAACAAGAUGUUGGUGUGAAGAGGGCAACAGCGUCUUACGAGAAGCCGACUCUACAACUUGGUGCUUUUCCAGAGAGGCCAGAGCCGCCUCACGACCUGGACACGCAGAUGAGGACAAAAACUAGGCCGAGGUCUUAUUCCAGCACUUCUUUUGAAGAUGCAGUGAAGAAAGCAGAGGAGCCUCCGACCCCUCCACCUCGACCCCAGAAGACCCACUCCAGGGCCUCCUCGCUGGACCUCAACAAGCUCUUCCAGCAGGGCGCUCCGGGGGUAAGAGGUGGAUGGUUGCCGCCUCCUCCAGCUCUCCCUCCGAGGCCGUCGACUUCACAGGUUUCUCAUUUUAUCAGCGUCUCAGAGAAAACUCCCCAGAGUAAAGUGCAGCAGCCAAACUUUGCUGACUUCAGUCACUUUAGAGAAGAGGAGGAGAGCAGUGUGAAGCCUGAAGAACAGGGGCCACGCUCUAGAUUUGGUCCAAGCACUGAAGACUUGACAAAUGCGUCAAAACAGGACGUGAUUGGAGUUUCUCACAGUCAACCACCACAGAAGCCAGUUCGCAGGAAAUACCACCCAGAGAGCCAGAACCUGGAGGCCGUGCCUCCAUCUGCCAUGCCGUUUCCUACCCCUGCCAAGUCUACUCAAAAGUUGUCCAAACAGAAGAGAGAAAUCCAGAUGGCGAUCCGUAAAAACAAGGAAACCAACGCGGUGCUGACACGUCUCAAUAGCGAGCUCCAGCAGCAACUCAAGGUUGUUCACCAGGAGAGGGUCACCUUGGAGUCCCAGCUGGAUCUUCUGCGACCUCUGGCCUCGACGUGACUGAAGUCUUGUUAGAGCCACUCACGUGUCACCUUUUUUUUAAUUAAAAAAAAACAUCUCUAUCAAACAUGAACGUUUGAGUCAAGAUACAGAAAGCAGAUUGUCAUGAAUUGAUAAUAAAUGUGAAGGUUUGACAACGGGGACAAACAUCCGAAUGUUACCGUAUUACUUUUAACGAUGUUUUUCAGGAUUGAACCAUUCGUUGUUUUGUUUUUUUUCACUGUAUGAUAUGCAUGUAAAAUAUCAUCGUGGCGCUCUAACUUAUUUUUUGUCUUUUGAUUUCCCAUAAAUCUCAUCAUGAUUACAACACGUUUUAAUGACGGAAAAUCGAGUACUCUCAGUUUGUCACAGUGUGUGGAUACAGAGUGUUUUCAUGAGUAUCCACAUGGGGUCUAAAGCAAGCGAUGGUGCUACAGAUUGGUUUCUAAAUCUUAUUUUUUGCAUCAUUACGUAUCAAUAGACUUGAUUGUUGUUACGACGUAAACACUGGAACAUGGGGCUAUGAGGACAAUGAGGAAUGUUUUGACACUGGAUUUGUAUCAAAAAAUUAUGUUUUACUUGAAAAUUUGCCCCAUCUUUAAUGUAACCACCAUCUUUUUUUAAUCUCUUUAUGUUUAUCAUGAUAUGAAGACUUUUUUCUGCACCAUUAAAACCCAAACCAAUUCUGGAAAAGAAAACAAAUGAGCACAAUAUUCUUCUAAUGUUCUGCAAGAUAGAUUUCAAAACAGCUGAUUUCUCUGUACGAGCAGAUGUGGUUUUGAUUUUAUCUAUGCAAAGAUGUGGUGCUGCUUAAACUUGCUUUAGACCAUUUCCCCCCACCCACACACACACAUCCUGGAUUGAUCAUGAUUGGUAAAUGAAGUGGUUGAAAUACAUGAUGGCAUGCUUGAUACUGCAUGUUUGCUAUAAUGAUGUGAGUAUUUGGACUGUAAAUUCACCUUAAAUGAUGCACAACUGAGCUCUGGGCUGAAGUAAUCAAACUAAUCAAUAAAGUUGCCUAUUUUUA